UUUGCAACAUAAAGGCAUGGCUGACCGUUCGGCACUUGGUCACACUGGAAGUUACAUAUUUUUAUUCAUAAAAAAGUAGAACUUUUAUAAAUAAAAGAAAAUUUGUAGCACAUCGAGCUACAGGUUGACCGCCUGUAGAAUAUAGGUACAGAAGAUGUAUCCCUCGACUUUGCCGGUGGAGGCAGAUCCGAGCACCAUGAACGGAAGCAGCGUUGCGGAGCCUCCGGACUUCCAGGCGGUCACGGCGGCCGCGGCUGCAGCUGCCCGGGCCCUUAGCUUGGAGCAGGAAGAGUGGAGCGUGGGCGAGUGCGGAUUCUUGGACCCGGAAGUGCAGCGCACCAUGCGGAGCGGCAGUGCCGCCGAGGACAUCACCCAGUACCCGAUGCACGGCUGGGUGGACGUCACCAAGGAGUUCCACGACGCCUGUGCGGAGCUGCAGCCCGGGGAACUGGCCCAGGACAUGCUGUUCGGUCUUUUUGAGGCUAUGUCAGCCAUAGAGAUCAUGGACCCCAAGAUGGACGUGGGCAUGGGCUUCGACAAGCAGGAUCUUCCGCCACCCUCAUUCGAGGCAGCCAUUGCCACGGGCGCCAUCAAACUGGACGAUCUCACGCCCUCCGAACUGAUUGGCAUUUAUGAUGCUCUGUUUUCCUGCCUGGUGUCCUGGCUGGAGGGCAACUCCAUGGACCAGGUGCUCUUCACCUGCCUCUACCUGCACGCUCCCUCGCAGAUCAAGGAUAAGGCGCUACGCGUCUUCUGCACUGCCGUUCGCAAUCUUAUCGUGGUCAUUAAGAACAUUAUUGCCGUGGCUGCUGUCAACGAGGAGGAGGACUUCCAGCUGUACGGGAAUUCAGCUCUUCUGGCUGCGGAAAAGGCGCAACCAGCAACUGUUUAUAGCUCGCUAAAGGAUGUGGAGGAUGAGCUCAUACGCAAGUGCAAAAAGCUGACUUCCACGGAGGACUGGAUGGCUGUAGUUCACCGCCUGCGCUUCAUGCGCCAUCUUUUCCAGGUGAUCUACCACGUGGAACAGAUGGCCAGCAACGAUACCGUCGAUGACAAGGUUGACAUCUACAAAAUCCUGCUUGUUGCCUCCGAGAUGCUGCCAGGAAUAAGGAACACAUUGGAUCGGGGCACACAACCCGAGAAGGGGUCUGACGCUCCCAAUCCGAUGGGUUUCUCUCCACGCAUCCACGACCGUAGCCAACCACCCGCGUUCCCGCGUAGCAUCAAGAUCAGGGAUCGUCCGGCCAGCUAUCAGUUUCUGGAGGAAAUGAUUUCGCGCUUCAAAUACGCCUGCAAAGUCACCAAGCACAAGGAUUACUAUUCGGCGCUGAACUUUUUCAUCGAGUACAGCAAAAAGUCGGGCCAGUGCAUCCUGUCCAGAAGCGUGCUGCAAAGCCUGUUCAGCGCCAACAUGAGGAUGGCGCAUGGAAAGCUUCCCAUGAAGCAUUUCCUGCGCCACUCGGUUCAAAUCUUUAACUCGCCACCCGUACUGAAUGCCAAGCACCCAGUGGCAGCAGAUCCCAAAGUCCAGCAGCACCUGGAGAACUUCUUCCGCUACUGCAUCAACAUGAACACCUUCACGCAGUUCAUUCGAAUAUGCGGCUUCAAUCGUGCCAGACAGCGGGAUAAGCUGGCGCGUUUGAUAGAGAACUUCGACACCAUCCAAGUGGAUGCAGCGCGACUGGACUCUGUGAUGAAUCAACUGGCCAAUGAACGAGCCAUGGAAGGAAACGAGCCCAUGGCCACCGCUCUGAAGCACAGCACCCACUUCUCCACAUGGGUGCUGUACAACUGUUUCCGUGCGAUGUUGAUCUUCCUGAUGUCCGGCUUUGAGCUGGAACUGUAUGCUGUGCAUGAGUUCCUCUACAUCUACUGGUACACGUACGAGUUCCUCAUUGGCUUCCUGGUGUCCGCGCUGACACGAACGGAGAACAUCCUCCUGGCUCAGGAGGAGUACGCCGAGCACCAAAGUAAGAUUCAGUCGGGCGGCGGAGGAGCGGGUAAGAACCGCAAGGCGGCCAAGCCGAAAAAGAACAAAAAGACUCAAAGACCGUACCGCGCCGAGAUCGUCUUCUACCACGCGCUACUCAGCCUCUGCGGCGGAAUGUACAAGGCAAUGGGCGCCUUGACCAAAGACGGACGCGUGCGCCUGCCGCUGUCCCAGUUCGACAACGAGGAGAUCCGCUACAACCGACGCUUCCUGCCUUUCGCCACCCUCACCAGUCCGCCGCCCGUCUCGUACGCAGAGUUUAAAAACAUCCGGGAGCACAUGAUGCGACCCAGCGUCGAAGAUCUGUACACCUAUGCGGCCAAGCACUUUGACCAGGCUCGCAAUGUUCUUGAAAGCAUUCAAAACCCAGAUCAGGAGAUGUUGGACCUCUUGCAAAUCGCGCGGACCAACUUUGUGGUGAUGAAUGUGCUGGCCCGCGGUCACCAGAAGGAAGUCAAGCGGCAGCCAGAGUUCGACUUCUCCAAACACAGCUACUUCCCCAUCAUUAAGCUAAAGUAAAUAUUCACGUGUUCCGUAAUUGACAAGAAUAAAAUUUAAAUGUACGC